GCCAAUGUUUUCUAAUUAAUGUACGUUGAUUUUGAUGGUGUUGAAUUGAUUCAUUGACCCUUGUGGUGCAUUUUGCAGGUGAUAACAAAGGAGUCUCUUUUAGCUGCACAGAAGGAAGAUUUGCGAAGAGUGAUGGAAUUGCUAUCGGUGAGAGAACAGCAUGCCAGAACUCUUCUCAUUCAUUAUCGCUGGGAUGUUGAGAAGUUGAUUGCGGUUUACGUUGAAAAGGGGAAAGCCAGUAUCUUUGCUGGAGCAGGUGUAACUUCUGAUAUAAUUGUUGACCUUGAUCCACCAGAGCCUUCUACUACAGUGAUGUGUAAUAUAUGUAUGGAUGAUGUUUCUGCAACUGAGGUGACCAACAUGGAUUGUGGGCACUGCUUUUGCAACAGCUGUAAGUGCUGUUUCUUUAUAUGGAUUAUGUUCCAGGCCUUCUGUUUGAUACUAUAGGAAAUUGAAUCAAUAGUCAUGUAAAUGCUUCAGUUCCUUGUGGCAUCUUAUGUUUAUAAGAAAUUUGUUUUGGUUCAUUUUGCAUUGAGAAGUACCUCUGUUGAAUCAGAUGUUUCUAUUUUUUAACUCUACU